AUGGACCCCUAUUGUGUGACCCUUGGAGGGGAGCAUCUUCACAGCGAGGAUCAUGAAUUGCGUGUGAGACAAAAGAAAGACAUUAGUCGCUCCUGGGCGCCCAAGCGUAUUGUCAUCUGCUGCGACGGAACCUGGCAAUCCUCUGUCUCGGGCGAAAAGAAUGUGCCGUCCAAUAUCACUCGACUCUGCCGCGCACUGAAUCGAGUUGGUACCGACGAAGACGGUAGAGUAUGGCAGCAAGUGGUCUGGUACGACUCCGGUGUGGGUACGACCGCGCUGGCACUGGGCGAUGCCGUCGAAGGAGCGUUCGGCAAGGGUCUCGAAGGCAAUGUUGUUGAGGCAUAUAACUUUUGUGUGCUCAAUUAUAACCCAGGUGAUAAAAUUAUGUGCUUCGGAUUUUCCCGUGGUGCCUUCACUGCGCGCACUAUCGCUGGUCUGAUCUCCGAUAUUGGAAUUUGCGAUCAAAGCAACCUGAACAAAUUCCCCGAUCUGUGGAAAGUAUACAAGCAGCAUGGCAAGGAUCAUCCUGGAAAGCGGUUCCAUCGCAGUGAUGCUUGGUAUGAAUGGAUGUGGGGCAAGCUCGAUGAAAACCAAGGUGCCGGAGGCCCAAACGAGACGGAGCUUCGUUGGACCCAAAUGGCAGAGGGCGAAUGGUCUCCGGAUGAGACGAAAGAGGUCGAGGUAGUUGGUGUCUAUGACACCGUUGGUGCUUUGGGAAUGCCCGAAGUGUUUGGUUUCAAAUUCCCUCAGAAGUUCUUGUUCUGGAAAGACCAACCCUACUGGCAAAACACAGAGCUCUGCGUCAACAUCAAACACGCUUACCACGCUCUGGCCCUUGACGAGUCUCGCAGGGCAUUUGCACCGACUCUAUUCUAUAUCCCGACUCGGCAAGUCUCCAAAGGCGACUUAAAGGAGAGGGUCGAUGCCGAGGAAAAGGCUAGGAAAGCAUUCAAAAACAAACGGGACUACGCACAGUCUCUCAAGGAGAAAAACGCCGCCAACGAGCUUGUUAACCAGGCUUGCCAUGAGGCCAACGAGCUUGCCAAAAUAUGGAACAGAACCCAGCGAAAGCGUGUGAAGUACCAGAAUCGACUGGAGCAGCACCCUGAGCUAAAACAAGUCUGGUUCCCUGGCUAUCACGUCAACGUCGGCGGAGGCUCGAGUGAUACCCUUCACAAUAUAGGCGACAUGGAAGAGAUGUCUAACAUCACCUUUUCCUGGAUGCUUGAUCAGAUCCGGCCCCAUCUCUCCAUUAACGAGGAAGCCAUCAUGAAAGAUUACGCCGAUCGCGAGGAAUAUAUCGCCCAAUUCAAUCAGGAUCUUAAGGAGUGGCAGCGACAGCAAUUAGCUCUCAAGGAGGAGUCCUGGUGCGCAUGGGGCUCGCGCGUGGCAGUUUCAACUGCUUCGAGCAUCAUCCAUCCUUUCAGUCCCAGCACUAAUCUGCCCAGGCCUGCUUUCGACAAACUUCGUGUUUAUCGGUGGGGUCUGGGGGAGAUGGUAGACAGCUACACUAAGAUGUACUGGGCCAAUGGGCAGACCAAACGUACGCCCGGCAAAGGAGUCGAGACUGAGAAGGACGGGAAGUCUGUUAUCUACGGCAACACCCACGAGUUCAUCCAUCCUGUCGUUCACUACAGACGGGAGCAUUUCAAGACGAUGAAUCCCGGUAGCCCAGAAGUCCAACUCUACCAUCCCAUUGGCAAGGAGUUUGACUACAACUAUCUCCGUCGCUCGACCGUCGACAGCCAUGGAAACCCAACGUUCGAAUACAGAAUUGGAAGCUUUCCAAAGUUUAUCGAAGAGUGGAAAAUGGGCGGAGCAGACUCUUACGAGCGAUUGGCAAUCAAGGAAACUGCAGCAUAUGCUCACGUUGACGAGCUUGAAAAGCACAACAAAUCUGGCCUUGAGGGCAUUCGCCGUGCUGUCAUAGAAGUCAAGAAAGACACUCCUAAGCCAGUUUCCCCUACUCUGGAAGGGGCCCUAGGGUGUGGAUUCCGUGCUUUGGCCGCAGUGAAGCCCAGCAACCCCACGAGUAUGUGUAAAGAUGAGAGUAAUACUUUCGUCACUAAGCAGGAUGAGUUUUAUGUUCAGACUAAGGAGAUCCAACUUGAGACCCGACUUGAAACAUCUGAGUUUCAUAUUCGAUAG